AUGGAAAUUAUAAGAAAAGGCGAGAAAGAUAAUGAAGAGAAUGAUGAACUAAGGCAAGAAACGAAAGAAGAGAGGAAUAUUAAAAUGGAUGAAGUCAUAAAGAUUCUUGGGCUAACAUGGGAAAGAAGUACUGAUAAUUUUAGAUACAAAGUAAAUCUUUUAGAACAACAGUCACCUAUUACUAAAAGGAAAAUGGUCGCUGAUAUAUCACGUUUGUUCGAUCCACUUGGUUGGAUAGCACCGUGUAUUAUAGUUGCAAAAAUUAUGAUACAGAGGCUCUGGAUUGCAGGUAUUGCCUGGGAUGAUGAAGCACCUGAAGAACUACUUAAAGAGUGGUGUCAGUUCCGAGAAGAACUUUGUAAACUGCAUGAUUUUCGGAUACCGAGAUGGCUAGGAACUAGUUUAGGUGAUGUCCAAACAGAAUUACAUGGGUUUUGUGAUGCCUCUAAAAUGGCAUACGCAGCAGUUGUCUAUAUAAGAAGGAUUGAUUCUGAUGGUAAUGUGCAUGUGGCUUUAGUUGCAGCGAAAUCUAAAGUAGCGCCCAUAAAACAAGUUUCGAUUCCGAGGUUAGAGCUUUGUGGUGCUGUUGAAUUGACACGGUUGAUGUUAGAUGUGGCUAAAGUCAUGAAGAUAGAAGUUAAUAAACUGCAUGCAUGGACCGACUCUACUAUCGUGUUGGCGUGGUUGGACAGCUUGCCUAAUCGAUGGAAGGUAUUUGUAGCCAAUAGGGUUUCAGAAAUAUUAACUUCCCUGAACCCGAGUCAAUGGUCACAUGUCAGCACUGAUAACAACCCUGCGGAUUGCGCAUCACGGGGAAUAACCCCUUCAGAAUUAAUCGGUAAGGAUCUGUGGUUGAAUGGUCCAAGCUUUCUAUUAGAUAAAAACAUUAAAUAUAAAAAACCAGUAGGAAUAAAGACAAAUUUAGAAGCUAUCAAUGUUCAUUUUAUAAAGGAAGAGGAAGAAAUUUGGGACAGAUUCUCGUCUUUAAAAAGAAUGAUAAGAGUGGUAGCGUACUGUAGGCGGUUCUUACAAAUGAAAAAACCUAAAACAGAAAGAUACAGAGGUUAUUUGAAAACUGAAGAGUUAAAAAAUGCACUAGAAGUAUGUAUUCGUAAGGAUCAAAGGAAAUAUUUCGGUGAAGAGAUAAAAAGCAUAAAAAGAGGCGAAAAUAUUAGAAAGAACAGUAUGUUAAAAUUUUUAAAUCCUAUGUUAGAUGAAAUGAAAAUAUUGAGAGUUGGAGGAAGAUUAGAUAACUCGGAUUUGGAACAGUAUAGAAAACAUCCUAUAGUGAUGGCUAAUAAUCAAAAUUGA